UCUCGAUAGAUCUCCGAGCUGACCAGCCCAACUCCCCCCACUCCGGCAGAAGGCAACAGAGGGUUAGGGUUCCGGCCGCCGGAGCAAAUCACACGGAGGAGCAGAGCCAGCAGUCGAGAGAGAAGCGAGAUGAGCGGGAGCGCGUUCAACGCCUUCAAGUCGCGCGUGCCGGUGGCGUGGAGCCCGAAGCUGUACAUCACGCUUGUGCGCGGGCUGCCCGGGACGCGCAAGCUCCACCGCCGCACCCUGGAGGCCAUGCGCCUCCGCCGCUGCCACCGCACCGUCGAGCACCGCACCACGCCCUCCCUCCUUGGCAUGCUCACCCAGGUCAAGCGCCUCGUCGUCGUCGAGACCGAGGAGAUGUACAACGCGCGGAAGCAGGCCGACGAGCAGCGCCGCGCGCUCAGGCCCCCGCUCGUCGUCUCGCACGCCCCGCCGCCCAAGCCGGCCGCCGCCGCGCCGGAGGGCGCCGGGCAGUAGUCGCCUCCGGUUAGUUCCCACCCCCCGGUGAUGCUUCGGUUUGUUUUGCUUUCGCCUGCCCGCCUGCCCGCGCGUCAGGUGUUCGACGCAAUGCCUUGGCAGGGUUGGCGUCCUCCUUUAUAAUAGAAAUGCUUUAGCGAUCUUUGGCAACUUGAAUUGAUGGGAAUAAGUGAAGAAUUUCCUGUGAUCGUUCAAUUUUACUACUGAUUGUUAUAUUGAAAUGUAAGGCCCAAGUCAUAUCAGUUGAUGUUGCGUGAUGCUUUGAAUGCUGAAUAUAGAUAUGCCUGCAAUA